UUUCUGUGUGUGCUGACCAGCCGAUCGACACAUUUCAGUCGGUGCAAAAACGGGACGACGAACAAACAGAAGAAGAAGAAGAGAGACAUGAAAACACGGAGAGAGAGAAGGAAACUUCACAAACAGGAGGUGUAACUCCUCCCACAGAACAGUGAUAUAGCCCCGCCCGCACCGCCUUGGUUCCAACAUGGCUGACAAAAAGCUCGCAGGUUUACCUCCUCUCGCCCUGUCUUCACCUUCACACCAGAAUGGGAUGAUCAGAGGGACCACACCCAAACCUUCUCCACCCCCUCACCACAAUGGCAGUCUGGAGGGCGGGCUGGGAUCCAGUCCCACUGGCACUGGUGCUGCUCCUCAGCCUCACCCAGCUCCCAGGACCUCAGUCUCCACCUCACCCCUCAGGACCCUCAGGAACCUGGGAGGUCUUGUGACUCCUGUAGCUGGUGCUGAAGGAAGCUCCACCAGGCCCAGGGGUCAGAGCCUCGGCUCUCUUGUGAGCUCCAGAACCAGAACAAUAAUUUCAAGGAACAAGCGUCGGAGCAGCCAGCAGGAGGAGCCAGAGGCCUUGUUGGACCUGAUCCUGGAGUGUCAGGGUCAGAGACUGGAUGACCAGAGAGCCAGCCUUAGCCUGCUGCCUGACCCAGGACCAGCUACUCUGUGUGGGGCCUGCAGCCCUGACCAGCCCACCACACCUAGUCUGGAUUUCUACUACAUGCUCAUACACUACCAGUCUGACAGGAUGGAGGACCAGAGGUGCUCCCUUCCUGACCUGGAUGUUGUGGUGAGCUCGGUUCCUGAAGGUCAGGAGGACUUCUUCAGUUUGAUUCAGAGGGUUCAGUCCAGGAGGAUGGAUGAGCAGAGAGCCUCACUUCACAAACACUCAGCUGACUCCUCCCACCGCCAUCAUCAUCAUCAUCACUGAUGAAGACGAGGGUCUGGAUGGGUCUGUCAGAGCCCCACAGGGACGGGCUUUACUGAGCACUACUACUACUGUUGUUUCUGGAUGUUUUUGUGUAUCAGCAUUCAGACUGAGACCAGAAUCCAGACUGUGUCACACCCUGCUGGUCUGAGACCAGAACCACUGCUGGCCUUCAGGAUCCGAUUACUAUGUCGACAUCCUGUGUGACUUUAUUAAAGCCAGUGAAGAAGAAGAUGAAGAAGAAGAAGAGGGAGGAAGAGGAGCUCACUCCUCCUCCUGCUGAUGGAGAGGAGGUUGCCGAAGAAACCAGCGAGACAGAAACAAAGAAGAAGAAGAAAAACAAGAACCGGCUGAUUGACGAGCAUGGCGUCGCCAAGGCAACAACAGAUCACAACGACAGAGAAACACAGUCUGUGGUUUCCAUGGAAACCAACAACAGCAGGACAUUGAAGUACGAGCAAAUAGAGGUCGCCAUUGAGACUGGCAACACAGAGACAAAGAAGAAGAAGAAAAAAAAGAACAGGCCGAGUGAGGAGACCAUUGCCACGGCAACAGAUGACAACGCCAGAGAAACGCAGUCUGUGGUUUCCAUGGAAACCAACAACAGGACAGAGAUGGGAGAUGGUGUGAUGUCACAGGAAGGAGAGGCCGAGGAGGAGACAGGAAGAGAAGAAGAGUGUUUUGGUCAGCAGGAGGCGGAGCUUCUGGAGUUUGUACCUGACCUGAAAAAGAAGUCAGCUGACCAGAUCAAAAAACUGCUGAGAUACGACCUGCACCGCUUCAAGUACUUCAAAAAACAAGGUGUGUGUCUGCGUCGGGGGCGGUUCUCUCAGGAGGAGAACCAGGUCAUCAGACAGAACGUGCAGGACUUCCUGGUUCUGACAGGAAUCAGCUCAGCCAAUCAGCUGCUGUUUCCUCAGAGGUUCAAAGAGCAGGAGGCGGAGAUCAGGAAGCUGCGAGUGCAACACAACUUCAUGGAGCGGAUCGCUGAGGGCAUCCCUCGGUCGUGUCAGCGGGUUCUGACGAGGGCGAAGAAGAUGUUUGAUGAGAGGAACCACAUGGGCAGGUUCUCAGAGGAAGAGGUCCGGUCUCUGGUGAAGUUACAGAACCUCCAUGGCAACGACUGGAGGAUGAUCUCAGAGAAGACCGGUCGCAGCAUCUACGCCUUACAGAAACGCUUCACCAGCAUCGCUGCAGGUCGGGGACAGUGGAGUCGAGACGAGGAGUCCAGGUUGAAGGCGGCUCUGAAGACUUGCCUGAAGGAUCUGGUCCAGCAGAGUUCUGCAGAACCUGGUCUAAGCAGAGACCAGCUGUGUAACAACCUGCCCUGGAAGGAAAUCAGCGAGAAGGUCCAGACCAGAUCCUGGAGCCAGUGUCGACUCAAAUGGUUCACCCUACUGAAGUCCAAACUGUCUUCGGGUGUCGGCACCUUCAACAGAGGACCUGAAGGACUUCAGGCUAAAAUCAACCUCAUCAAUGCGUUGCAUCACAUGUGCGUGGACGACAUCGCCGACAUCGACUGGGACGAAGUCGCUGAGGCUGUCGGUAAAGUUACUCCCGUGUGUGUUCAGAAGAGUUUUCACCGACUGAAAGUUUCCAAAGUUCCAAACUGGACCAGAUUAUCAUACGGAGAGGUCAUCGACUUCCUGCAGGUGAACGUUUGUCCUCGUCUGGAGGAGAGGCUGCAGAAGGCGAGGAGAAAGCAGCAGGAGGAGGAGGAGCAGCAGCAGGAGGAGCAGGAGGAGAACAGGUACCUGCUGUCAGACGUCUUCACCACCAACGAUGAGGAGGACAACGAGGAGGACGAGGAGGACAGUCAGCUGACCUCCGGCCAUUCAACUUAAAUCACAGAAUAAAAAAACAAAAAAAACAGCAGGCCUUCCUUCAACGUGAUUGGCUGUCACCUGGACUGAAACAGACGAAUGACAGGUGCUGGACAGGAAGUGUUUUAUUUUGAAGGUCCUGACGACGUUGAGUUUCAUGUUUGUGAAGUUUUUUUAUUUUUCUGACAAACUUAUUUUUUCAUCUGUGAUUUUAUUAAACAACUUCCUGUUCACCUGA